AUGAGCGUGCAGGUGCUGGGCGGGCAGGAGGUGCCGACGGAGCUGGUGCGCCACGUCCUCUCCUUCCUCGUCGGCCACAACAACCCCUCCCUCUGGGUCCGCACCCUCCCCGCCGUGUGUCGCACUUGGCGACUUGUGAGCCACGACCUCCUGCGCGAGCACGCCGCCCUUCUAUGGUCCCGCCUGCCUCCACCGCACCCCGACUCCCGCUACGAAAGCCACGAGAAGGAGGGGGACAAGGAACCGACGGGUCGGGUGCUCUACCUGUGGAGGCACGACGACCGCAAGCCCGAGGAGGAGGAGGAAGAGUACUGGGAGGAGUGGACCUACCACCAGCUGGUGGCCAUCAGCCAGGCCAAGGCCCUUCCGCCGCCCAAGCAGCAACAACAACCCACCAAGGAGCGCAAGGGCGAUGACGACGAUGAAGGCGACGAUGGCGAUGGCGAUGGCAACGGCGAUGACGAUGACGAUGAGCAAGGAGGCUACGACUCGUACUACUCGUCCUACGACCAGGACUACCAGGCCACUGCAGGGCAGGUGUGGCACAGGCUGCCCUGGGCCGAUCUCUUCGAUCGCUUCAUCCGCCGCGGCUGCUCGUCACAGACCUUUGGCGCACCGUCGGCUGGGCCGGUGGGGGCGGUGGUGCGGCUCCUGCUGCUGGCCAGCGACGCCAGCCCGGUGAGGGUCCUCUAUCGCCAGUGCAAGGGCGGCCACCCCUUCAUCAUGACCGACUACGAGGACCUCAAGCUGUUCAUCACCAUCCGGCCGUCAGCACAGGCCUGGAUUCCUGUUGGGCCUUCGCCUGCUUCUUCUGCCACGCAAGCAAGUGGGGGUCUGCAAGGAGAAGCGCCUGCUUCGCGUGUCGUCUGUGUCCACAUCAGAGACGGCAUGCGCGGGGCAGUGCUCCAACCUUCACUACUGAUAUCGAUCUCUUCAUAA